AAUUUUAAAACAUUUAAAGUUCUGUUUAUUAAAUAUUUAUAUUUUAAAGUAAGUGAAACAUUUGAUUAUAAUGUUGUAUUGAUUUAAUUUUAUAUAUUUAAAUUUAAUCUACAUAUUUCAUUAGAUUAUUUGAAAAUAUUUUUUUGUAUGGAUGAUAAUAGUAUGAAAGUAUAUGAAUAUAUCUCUAACAAAACUUGCACCUUAACUUUUUUUUUUUUGUUGCACAUAUUAACUUGCACUAUAAAAAAAACAUGAACUGCAUGAUGAAAUGGAGACAGUACUUGAAAAUGACUAAGCUAUACGACAUAAAAUAACUAUAACCAGCACAUUUUGUAAACUUAAGAGAAAAAAAAUCAGCAUUUGUAAUAUUUUCUACGACACAGCAUUUUUAAUCUGUAUAUAUUAGAUUAAUUAACUUAUGUACUUGUAAUUUGAAAUCAUUUGAUUAACAAAGUCAAAUACUAACAAAAAGAAUAGACCUUAUACCUUUUCCUAUAUCACUAUUCCUAUAUCAUUAUAUCAAUGUCUUGGCUUACCACCUAUUCCGUUGGCAAGACACUAUCGUCGUCCAAGACCAUCCAUUGCUAUGUUAUCGCCGAACCUAUCUGUGUAUACUAGUGCUGAAUUGAGUUUCAAGUACAGAGACUAUCAUUGAUGACAUAUAUAUAUACAACUAUACAAGUGUUGGAUUGAGUUUCAAGUACAGACACACCUUUGUUGAGUCCAAAUGUGGCCAUUUGUGUAACGUGUAGAAACCAGCUCAACGUUAACAACUUAUAAUAUCAUCAUUUUUUUUGGAUACUAUGUAAUCUGCAUUUGUACAUCUGGUAAGGAUCCUGACUGUGACGUGAGCUGGAUAGAGCUUCAAUGGGUUCAGGUUGGUUCAGACGUAACUUGCAGAAAAGAGGCCCAUUGUCCAUUUCUGGAAACAAGACAUUGCCUCUCCGUUACGCUAAUUACAUUUUGGCAUACCCUUUCAAGUUUCAAAGCUGUUAACCAUCACAAUCUCUUUUUAAUGUGUUUGGUGUCUGCUUUAUUUAGCCUCGAAAUUCAAGUUUAUCCCUCAAUAUCAGUCUGAAAACGAUGCAUUAAUUAAUGUCUUUUGACUUUAUAGUAGUUUGUGUUUACUUUGGUCAUUCUUUUCUUAUUAUAUGAUUCACAAUUUUACAUUUGUAUUACCAUUGUUCAAGUAGGUAGGCCACUUUGAUUAAUUCACUAAUGGUACAUCAUCUUGAAUCGAUUUCCAUUUUAUUUUUGUAUACUUUUAAAGAAACUACACCAGCCCUAGAAUUUUCUAAAUCGACGAAUAUAUUUUAAAAGUAAAAUUGUGAAUGUAGAUAGCUAAAUACGUGCAAGUUAGCAUCCACCAACCCUCAUGGUAAAAAUACUAAUAACACGAAACAUUGAAUUUAAAAACAAAAGAAGCCAUAAAAGAUAUUAAUCCUUGACCAAGAUGUUUAGAUUUUGUCAAAAAGUAUCACUAGAGAGAAGAAGUUAGUUAGUGGAGUGUUUCAAAUGCUAAAGAGAAACCCACCAAAGAUGUGAGUACAAGUUGUCUUCAUGCAAGUAAAUUUGUUUGCCAUUAAAUAUCGUCUAACAUCUUAAUUAAUUUAAGCCUACACUAAUCUUUAUCUCUCUCUCUCUCUCUCUCUCUCUCUCUCUCUCUCUCUCUCUCUCUCUCUCUCUCUCUCUCUCUUCCACUUUGAUGAUAAGACAUCUAAAACCUAACAUGGAGUCUAGUCCCCAUCGCUCACAUCAUUGUUUCGAUAUUCUUGAAGGAAUGCCACCACAGGACGAUCAUUUCAACUCGUCAUUUCUACAAAACCCUAACUUCCAUGUCCAUUUGCAGUCUAUAUCACCAAACUUGUCGACCCGCAGCAACAACAACCGCUCUGAUCACUUAGACCCAAAUGGAGAACCCUUUUGCCACAGAGAGGGUCUUGAUCCAGACGAAAGAAGGGCAAGAAGAGUGGUCUCUAACCGAGAAUCUGCAAGAAGGUCUCGUAUGCGGAAGAAGAAGCAGAUAGAAGAGCUGCAGCAACAAGUGGAGCAGCUCAUGGUUUUGAAUCAUAACUUGUCUGAGAAAGUCAUUAAUUUGUUGGAAAGUAACCACCAGAUCAUACAAGAGAACUCACACCUGAAGGAGAAAGUCAAUUCCUUUCACUUGCUCAUGGCAGAAAUGCUAAUACCUAUGAGAAAUGUAGACGGCAGCAUCAAUGACCGCGACGCGAAUCAUCUCAGAGGAGAGACAUCGAACCGGACCAACACUUUCUUUGGCAGGCAUUGUACAGAGAUAGCCGGGUCUGCAUAGAAACGCGUGCAACGCACCUGAAAGUUUUAGCCAACUAAAACCCAAAGACAAAAGUAUUUCUUUGAUGUUUACUUGCUUGACGUUAUGGUUUCACCAUCUAUUGUUGUUCUCUCCUCAUAAAUAUUCACUGAGAAAAACGAAAUAAAAAAUAGCAUCCAAUAGAUGAAAUUAAACGUUCAUGAAAUUCGAGCAAAAAAAGAAGGAAGCAAUUACGUAUCCUACAUUGAUUUUAGUGUAAUCAUGCUCCUAAACUGACGACAGAUUGAGUUGGGCCUUACGUGAAUGAGUAGCUAUAGUAUACAGUGCAACGUUUACCACUCUUUUGAAUGUAACGAAUCAUAUAGCCAUAAUGUUUCCAUGAUUGCAAGAACUUUCAUAUUCUAAAGCCAUCUUAUAAAUCUAUCCAAAUCACACGUACCACAAUAUAUUAUCCAGCCAAUACACACACACGCACACAAAUCUACUCUGCACGGUAUGUAUUCGUAUGUAUGUUAGUAUGUGUGCGUUAAUGUAGCAGUAGGAGAGAUGAGAGCGGUGAGAUGGGCCUGAUGGGCCCAAGAAUCACGUGACAGAUGUGUGAUAGUAUAACGAGCUGGGGCCUAUGGGCCUUACAAGACGUUUCGAUCUCAACCGACCACUGACGGCUGGACACUGAGAAUUGCGAUCUCGAUGGUGACCUACCCACUCAACUCACUGACGCCGCGUCGUUUAGUGUUUAUUUUUACAUACUGUUAGUAGAUCAUAUAUAGCUUUGCCACACAAAAAAUUAUAUAGCUUUCAGUGCUUAACAUAAAUCGAUAGUUCAUUCCUAUAUAUUUCUCAUCAGUCUACGUCUUGCAUCGAUAACGCCAAUAAUAACAAAACUCAUACCGUAGGUGGCAUAUGACUAUAUGAGCGAUGAUCACUGGAUUAUACAUGUCACAAUAGUCGUGUUUGCAGUUUGCAUUUUGCACCCGACAUUUGCUUACCCACAUUCGUGGUCCUUUUUGCUAUUUCCAUUAGAACAUGUGGAUCAAUUAAUUUAAAUUUUUUAAAAAUAUUCGUACACCAUCCAAAUGUUAUGAACCAUGAGCUAUUUCAACGGAAGGUGUAAGUUCAAAUUCAAUCAUAGCGUGAAACAUAUUUCUCGAUUUCAGUUCACUGUAGUUAGGUGAAAAAUAUAGAAUGUACAAAAAUAGUUGCGAUUACAAGUACUAGAUUUUGUACACAUACUCUACAUUUGCAUACCCAAAUAGUUUAUUAACUGUAGAGGAGUACGAUGACGUAGCAUAAUAGGAACCACUGGAACAGACUGCAGAGCUCUUUGAAUCAGCAGAUAAAGUGGAGUGACCGACAAGUUGACAAUCCCAUGUAUGUGGAUAUCAACAACUCUUCUUUCUCAGCCCUCCACAUGUGAUCUAAUCCUUAUCAACCGCCUAUAUUACUUCCAGUACAAAAAAACUUGCCUCACUAUUAUUAGGCUAAGUUUGUUAAGCUAACACAAAAGGAAAUCCAAAUUAAAUAACGUGUUAAUUAAAACUAGAACUGGAUGAAGCAUUGAAUUUGAUUGUAAUAUACAAAAAAAAAAUUACACGGUAAAAGA